AGUAAAAGGAAAAAAAAAAAAACAGGAACAGAAGAAAAUUACAGGGAGAGGGAGAGAGAUAGAGGGGCCGAGCUUCUCUUCUCUGCAAAUCCUUCAGCUCGACACGGGUCGAGAGAAGUCGCUGUCUCCCGCGAUUCCGCUGAGCUCUGAGCUCAAAGACGGAUUCACAUAUUCCGACCCAGCUGGAUUUUCUCUUCUUCUUCUUCUUCUACAAUCUGUCGUAUACGGGGCGGUAGCAGUUCUGAGCAUAGAAGCAUCGAAGGGGAUUGAAUUGGGCGGGGACAGGUGAUAGUGACCGGGCGGCGAUGUGGAGAAGGAAGAAGAUGAAGCUGGGCUUCACCUUCUGCUCCUGCUCCUGUUGACCUCAUGGCCUCUUCCCAGCACCGCUGCGUUUUUGUUGGAAACAUUCCCUAUGAUGCCACAGAGGAGCAGCUCAUAGAAAUCUGCCAGGAGGUUGGUCCUGUUGUAUCCUUCAGAUUGGUCAUUGAUAGAGAAACUGGUAAACCCAAAGGUUAUGGUUUCUGCGAGUACAAGGAUGAAGAGACGGCAUUGAGUGCUCGCCGUAAUCUUCAGGGGUAUGAGAUUAAUGGCAGGCAGUUACGGGUUGAUUUUGCUGAAAAUGACAAAGGUUCCGAUAGGAAUCGUGAGCAGGGACGUGGAGGACCUGGACUGGCAGCAAAUUCUGAUCCUCAAAAACAAAUUGGUGGUCUCACAGGUCAUGGGGAAUCUGUUCAUAACCAGCCCAUCGGUCUCCACAUAGCUAUAACUGCUGCAGCUGUUAUGACCGGAGCUCUUGGUGGUCCUCAGGCGAGUAUGCUACCGAAUCAAAAUGGUCUUCAGCAGUCAGCACUGGCCAAUGACCCGUUGACACUUCGGUUAGCAAAAUUAUCUAGGAACCAACUGACUGAACUUUUGACGGAGCUAAAAGGCAUGGCUAUGCAAAAUAAAGAAUCAGCCCGGCAGCUGUUACUUGCAAGACCACAGUUGUCCAAAGCUCUGUUUCAGGCAGAGAUAAUGCUAGGUUUGGUGCCUCCACAAGUGUUGGAGAUGCCAAAUCUUAGGCAGGCUCCUAUUCAACCUUCACAACCUGCUCAUAGAGAUGCUCAGCUGAGUCAGCAGCAAGCUUUCCCGACUCUGUCUGCACUCCCCCCACUUGCGCAGAGGACCCAGCCUGGUCUGAUGCCCAAAGUCCAACCAAUUCCUAGUGUGCCUCAAAAUUCCUUUGGGCUUAACCAGUUUUCUGGGUCCUCACAAGCUCCAAUGCAACCACAGGUGCAGCUGCCACAACCACCCACCUUUCAACAGGGAACAUUACCUGGUCCUUCAGGAGCGUUGAGUAGUAUACCUGUCAGACCGGUGGGUCCUGUGGCAACUGUCUCUUCAGCAAACCUGCAGACGCAAUCAUCUUCAGUUCAACAUCCAAGACCGGUCGGAGCUGCAGAUUUGGGGUAUAAUCCUUCGAUGGGGCUUGCUGCUGCAAGCAACCGGGCCCUUUCUCUUAUUCCUCCUCGUCCUUCCACAUCGGACGCAGCCUUUCAGCCUGGUUCCUUGAUAUCAUCAGGCAUUCCAGGGAGAAUCAUUAAUGAUGCUGCUGCCAGAUCAUCUCAAAUACCACAGGGCUCCUCUUUUAACAUGAAUGGUCAAAGUAGCCGUCCCUCUAAGCUGAUGAAAUUGGAAGAUGGAAGAGGAGCUGCUUUUCCGAAUGGAGGGCCAGAUACUGCUGCUGGAGCUAGAGCCCCUCCAGUGGGCCCACCAUCCUUCACGCCGGUUCCCAAGCCAGAAGGGCAGUAUCUUGAAGAACAGAUACCUCAGCCACAGCUCCCACCCGAUGUAGAAUCCGCGUUACUGCAGCAAGUGAUGAGCUUGACAUCCGACCAGCUGAGUUCUCUGCCACCCGAGCAGCAGCAGCAAGUGCUCCAGCUUCAGCAGAAGCUCCGAAGAGAUCAGUGGCAGCCCUCUUAGAAAUGCCAAUCUAUGAUGCAGCAAAAAUCACGCCGUUGUCAUUCAUCAUUAUGCAGGCUCAAGAUCAUAUUUUUUUAUGCCUGGGAGAACUAAUCAUGAAGAUUGGGAUCCGGCCUGCAGUUCUCAUGAGGAUCAUCUUGUUUGUGCAACUCUUCAGAGAUCUGUCUGUAGGUUAUCUGGGUAGAGGGAGAAAAUUUUGUGUAAUUUUUCUUCUAUAGAAAUACGUUGCUUCUCUUGUACUAGUCCAUCAAUCGCUCACUGUAGAUGCCGGCUUCAUUCCUCCAUAGUGAUAUCAAACUCCAUUUCUGUUCUUCUGAAAAGCCAGCUGAACGAACCUAAAGAACUUGUGACUGGACAAUUUUGCUCGAUCUAUGUUUCUUCCGAUGACGUCUCGGUUAAACUG